CGGCAAUGACUCUGCGAACUGUAUUAUUAUCUUUGCAAGCUCUUUUGUCAGCAGCUGAACCAGACGAUCCGCAAGAUGCUGUGGUGGCAAAGCAAUACAAAGAGCAACCAGAAAUGUUUCGCCAAACAGCAAAACAUUGGACAUCUGUAUAUGCUGGCGGGCCAUCAAAAAUGCCAGAGCUGGAUGAAAAGAUCAGGCGCUUGACCGACAUGGGUGUUGAGGAGCACAAGGCGCGAGUCGCUCUUUCCUCCUACAACUGGGACUUGGAACGUGCUACAGAGCAACUCUUUAGUUAGUGAUGACUGGACAGUUGUAGCUUUACUCAACUUGUGUAUCACCUGUUUUGUAACGCGAGGAAUACUCCAUCGAGCUCAGCAUAGCUCGAUUUCGAUCAAAAUCCCCAUCUACGUGCGCGUUGUGACGCUAUACUCAUGACUCGUGUUUUUGGACAAAUCAUCUAUGAUUGAUCGAUCAACCGUUAAUAGUUGUGUAAUUUAUUUUGUAAAAUACUUAGUCGUGAGAGAAUAGAGAAAUCAAUGAAUACUUAUGCAAGCUAAUGAUAGUAAGGUGAGUGUAAAACGAAACGAGAGUCCAAAUUCAACGCCGGUAUCGUACUUUAAAAACAUUCUCUUAUAAAUACAAGCGAGCGCAAAUCAUUGUCACGUUGAUUGUGCUGUUUUUGCGCAUCUAGCAAUUGUAUUAAAAAAAAUGAGUUCACAAAAAAAUGCUACAAAAGGCCCGCAAUUUUUUGUCAACUUCUUACUGUUUUGCCUUUUAUAAUAUCAUACACUGUAACUUUGUACAUGUGAUAUUUAGUUGCCAGAUUGUCUGGCUGAUCUGUUUUUGAAGGGAGUGUUUACAUAAUAAAAACUGCCUUUUAGUUACA